CAUCACCACAGAGAGGUGAAGCUGGGCGGCUAGAGUGUACACCGGAAGUAUGCGCCUCUCCUCUUCCUCUAAGGCGGAUUGCGGCUUACGCUUUCUCUUGUACUUCCGGCGGCGCCAUCAACGUAGUCAGAGCCAUGCCGACCGGCGAUUACGAUUCCAAGCCCAGCUGGGCCGACCAGGUAGAGGAGGAAGGUGAAGAAGAUGUGGAGCCCCUAAGUCCUCCUCCUUCCGUCGAAAAAAAGGCAGUAAUAGAACAUGGCUAUGUCCUGGACACCCCUCGUGAAGUCAUCAAUGGAAACAUAAAGACCAUCACAGAGUACAAGCUGGAUGAGAAUGACAAGAAGAUUAAGAUUAUUCGCACCUUUAAAAUCGAGAACCGUAAAGCUUCUAAAGUGGUGGCUCGCAGGAAGAAUUGGAAGAAGUUUGGGAAUUCUGAAUACGACCCACCCGGACCAAACGUGGCCACCACCACAGUCAGCGAUGACGUCUUGAUGACUUUUAUCACCAGUAAGGAGGAUCUGAAUAAUCAGGAAGAGGAAGAUCCAAUGAACAAGCUGAAGGGUCAGAAGAUCGUGUCUUGCCGAAUCUGUAAAGGAGACCAUUGGACCACAAGGUGUCCCUACAAAGACACACUGGGUCCCAUGCAGAAGGAACUGGCUGAGCAGCUCGGACUCUCCACAGCGGACAAGGAGAAGGUGCCUGGAGCCGGUGAACCUGAACCAGCGCAGGCUCCAGUGAGCAAGACAGGAAAAUACGUUCCACCCAGCUUGAGAGACGGGGGAAGCCGCAGAGGAGAGUCCAUGCAGCCUAACCGCAGAGCUGAUGACAACGCUACAAUCCGUGUCACCAACUUGUCUGAAGAUACACGAGAAACCGACCUCCAGGAGCUCUUCAGGCCUUUCGGAUCAAUCUCUCGUAUCUACCUGGCGAAGGACAAAACUACCGGACAGUCAAAGGGUUUCGCCUUCAUCAGUUUUCACCGCAGAGAAGACGCAGCACGCGCCAUUGCUGGCGUUUCUGGCUUUGGUUACGACCAUCUGAUUCUGAAUGUGGAAUGGGCCAAACCAUCAACCAACUGAGCGGAAGCGGCCGUGAGGUCAGAAUAUGGCGGCUUUUCUUAUCUGCUGCUUAAUGCUAAUAAAGGAAAAGAUGAAAACCAA